AAAAUUAGGGUUUGAGGUAUUUAUUUAAUUGGCAAAAGACGGUGUUUGGGUUUCACAGACAGACACACACUCGGUUCUGCCUUCACAAAAAAAUUAUCGAGAUCCCCUUUUUCUCCUAAGAAAAGCCAUGGCUAAGGGUCCCGGUCUCUACUCUGACAUCGGCAAGAAAGCCAGGGAUCUGCUGUUCAAGGACUACCACAGUGACCAGAAGUUCACCAUCACCACCUACUCACCCACUGGAGUUGCUAUAACAGCAUCAGGAACCAGGAAAAGUGAACUGUUUGUGGCUGAUGUCAACACCCAGUUGAAGAACAAAAACAUCACUACUGAUAUCAAAGUUGAUACAGAUUCUAAUCUCUUCACAACUAUCACUGUUAAUGAACCUGCUCCUGGUCUGAAGGCUAUUUUUAGCUUCAAAGUUCCUGACCAAAGGUCUGGAAAGGUGGAAGUUCAGUACUUGCAUGACUAUGCUGGAAUAAGCACCAGUGUUGGGUUGACAGCAAACCCAAUUGUCAACUUCUCUGGUGUUAUAGGAACUAAUGUUCUUGCUCUUGGUGCUGAUCUUUCUUUUGACACCAAAAUUGGGGAGUUAACAAAAUCCAAUGCUGGACUGAGCUUCACCAAAGAUGACUUGAUUGCCUCAUUGACUCUGAAUGACAAAGGUGAUGCUUUGAAUGCUGCAUAUUACCAUGUAGUUAACCCCUUGACCAACACUGCUGUUGGUGCUGAAGUGACCCAUAGAUUCUCAACUAAUGAGAACACUCUCACUCUUGGUACCCAACAUCAAUUGGAUCCAUUGACCACAUUGAAGGCACGUGUGAACAACUUUGGCAGGACAAGUGCUCUGAUCCAGCAUGAGUGGCGUCCCAAAUCGUUCUUUACCAUAUCUGGUGAGGUAGACACCAAGGCCAUUGAAAAGAGUGCUAAGGUUGGAUUGGGUUUGGUUCUCAAACCCUAAGAAUUUUGAUCCAUCCUGGCAAGAGCAUUGAGUAGGUGUUAGGAAGCGUAUAGUCUGUGAGACUAAAUUAUUUCCUUGAAGUUGGUUCUCUUCUUGGGUAAGAAGUGUUCAUGGAGUUUUCGUUGCAUUUGAGCAAUUCAACCUUGUAAAAAUAAAAUAGGCUUUCUAUAAACCACAUGUGACUUUUUAAAUGCCCAAAGCUUAGCAAGCCUCUUUUGUUGAAUGAGGAUUGGCACUCUUUAUUGAGGUUUUGACAUGAGAAAUUUUAUAUCUUCUGAUUUGAUUUGAUGGAUAUUUUCUGCAAUAUUCCCUUAAAUCUUCUGAUGCGACCAAUGUUUAAUUAUUGGGAUGUUUUCUGCAAUA